AUGACGGAGAGAACGAGACAAGAAAUAGAUAAUCAAAUGAACAAUAUCAAUGAAUAUUCAGAGGAAAUAAGUGAUGACAAGGAGGGAAUAGAAGAAUACCAUGCCGACAUGUACACAAAUACUCCAGAAUACCAGAAGAACUACCAUACAGAAGAGCCCUACUCAUUUAGAGAAGAGUACACAGAAAAGCCUUCAUGGGGAGAGUCAUUAGAUAGAUAUGGGGAGUAUCGGCCAGAUGAUUAUAGAAGCAAUGAAUACAGGCCAGAGGACUACAGCAGAGAGGGCUGGCAGUGGACAGAAGAAAGAGAGCGGGAGAAACCAGCCGAUCCAUGGCCAAACACAGAGAAAAAAGCCAAGAAGGAAAAGAGUAUGACCCGGAAGAAGUCUAAGUUCAGAGUGUGCACUAACUGCGGCACAACCACAACUCCUGCAUGGAGAAGAAGCACCAGCAAUAAAAUACUCCUGUGUAAUGCAUGUGGAUUAUAUCAGAGACUGCAUGGGAGUAAUAGACCAUUUAGUGUAACACCCGAUGGAAAAACAAAGGCAAUUAAGAAUAAUAUUGAAAAAGGAGUGUGUAGAGGAUGCGGUGUAGUUCAAACACCUCUUUGGAAAAGGGGCAAUAGUAAUGAGUGGCUGUGCAGUUCCUGCGGCCUUCUAUACAAUAGAAGGGAGCGGGAGAGAGAAGAGUACACUCAAGAGUGGCCCGAGUAUUCCCAAGGCGAAGCAUGGAAGUAUAAUGAAGAGUACUCAGAAGGCGUUGGAUGGCAUGAUAAAGGUGCCGGGCAGGAGCAGGCCAUUCAGUAUGAAUAUAAAGACAAGGACGCAGAAGCCAAUUAUUUUGGGGAUGAGCGGUUUAAAGGAUACUUUGGAUACUAUGACCAAGAAAAAGAGUAAAUUGAAAUGCCCAGAAACCUAAAAAGAAGCAUAUGCAGUCUGGCUGAAAAUAAAG